AUGUCCCCUUCACCAAAGGACAACAUGGCUCAGGUUGAGCACAUCGACCCUGACUCCAAGAUGGGCUUCGACGAGGUUGAGAAGCCCGCUGCGCGCGAGGCCAACGAUCGCGAACACACUCUUACCUUGAGGGACAGUUUCCGCUUGUACCCCAAGGCCAUUGCCUUUUCCCUCCUGUUUUCGACAGCGAUUAUCAUGGAGGGUUAUGAUUUGAGUCUUCUUGGCAGCUUCUACGGUUACGAUGCGUUCAAGCAAAAGUUCGGUAACGAAGUCGAUUCGAACGGAAACCCAAUUAUCUCAGCAGAUUGGCAAACAUAUAUCCAAGUCGGUGGCAUGUGCGGUCAAAUCAUCGGUCUUUACAUCAACGGUUGGGUCUCUGACCACUUCGGUUACAAGAAGACCAUGAUGGCAUCUCAGAUGCUCAUGAUCGGCCUCAUCUUCUUCCCCUUCUUCGCUCCCAACCUCCAGGUCCUCCUUGCCGGAAACAUCCUCCUCGGUCUACCAUGGGGUAUCUUCCAGACCCUCACUCUCGCCUACGCUUCCGACGUCGCUCCCGUUGUCCUCCGUCCUUACCUUACUGCCUAUGUUAACCUUUGCUGGGUCAUCGGUCAGCUCAUCGGUGCUGGCGUUCUUCGAGGGUUCAGUACCAUGGGAGGUGACUGGUCUUACAGAAUCCCUUUUGCUCUGCAGUGGCUUUGGCCUCCGUUCAUCAUGCUCGGUACGGUGUUCGCUCCUGAAUCUCCUUGGUGGCUUGUCCGCCAGGAGCGUUACGAAGAUGCUAAGCGAUCUAUCCUUUCGCUUGUCACUCAGUGCGAGGUCCCCUUUGAUGCCGAUGCCCAGGUUGAGCUUCUCAAGGCCACAAACCAGAUGGAGAAGGAGAACUCUGCUGGAACCAACUACUGGCACUGCUUCAUGCGCAGCGAUCUUCGACGAACUGAGGUCGCUUCCAUCACCUACACUGCCCAGGCCCUUUGCGGUAGUGCUCUCAUGGGAUACGCCGUCCAGUUCUACCUCGAGGCCGGUCUUUCAUCCGAGCAGGCUCUUAACUUCAACGUCAUCCAGUACUGUGUCGGCGCUGUUGGUGUUGUUCUCUCCUGGUUCUUGAUGUCCCGCUUCGGCCGUCGCGAUAUCUACAUCUGCGGCAUGGCAUCCCUCUUCUGUAUCCUCAUUGCUGUCGGAGCCCUUGGCUGUGUCAAGAAGACCCAGAGCACCGGUUGGGCCAUUGGUAGCUUGCUCAUCGUCUACACCUUUGUCUACGACAUGACCAUUGGCCCCAUUGCCUACACCAUCGUUGCCGAGAUCUCAUCCACCCGUCUCAAGGCCAAAACCAUCGUUCUUGCACGCAACUUCAGCAACAUUGCAGGUCUUGUUACCAACACUCUCAUGCCCCGCAUGCUUGGCCGAAACUCUUGGAACUGGGGUGCCAAGACUGGUCUUUUCUGGGCCGGUUGGUGUCUUCUCAUCUUCAUCUGGGCCUUCUUCCGCCUUCCCGAGCCCAAGGAUAGAACUUAUGGUGAGCUCGAUCUUCUUUUCGAGCACAAUGUUCCUGCGCGCAAGUUCGCCAAGACCAAGGUUGAUCAGUUUCCCACUUCUGGUUCCACCGAGAAGGUUCAGGAGCUGUGA